AUGGCGAUGAUGGCUGGCCGUGUGCUGCUGGUGUGUGCCCUCUGCGUGCUGUGGUGCGGUGCCGCUGCGGUCAUGUGCGAUGGUGGCGCCGAAAUGCAAGGUGUAGAAGGAUCCGGGGGUUCACAGCAUGUAUCUGGAGAUCCAGACGGUAGAGGAGGUCAAGGGGAAACAGAAGUUCCAUUCCCGCCAGAGUCCGACACCGUAAUUAAAUCGUUGGGUGUAGGAGAUGGAAGGGAUCCUAAGCAGCUGAAUGGAGUUGUCGUAACACCACCAACAAACCCUGACAGAAAGGAGGAAGAAAGAGAAAAAGAAAAAAGUAAAGAAGAAAAAGUGGUUGCAGAACAAACAGAAAAUACUGUAAUUCCAAAGGAAGAUGAAAAGAUAUCACAAUUAAAAUCGAUGUCAGAAGAUGAAGGAGAAACGGCUCCGCUAGCAGCUGAAGAAACUCCACCAGCAUCAACAGGUGUAACGUCAACAGCACAAAAUGGAAACUCACCAGAAGAUUUAACUGCGAUACCAGGAAAAGAAAGAGUCCUUCCUGAGGAUCAUUCCGACCAGCCACAAGGAGGCAAAAAUCCAGCAGACGGAUUGGCAGCAAAAAUGUCAAGGGAAAAAGGGGAAGCUCCAGAAGCACCCCCAUCGCCACUUGCAAAAAAUGAAAAACACGAAGUAGAUUUAAAGGCAACAACAAAUAAUGAA